UACCGACGUCGCCGCCAUUUUGACGUUGGUCGUGGUAAUUGUAAAGUUUUCCCAAAAAGAGUUUCCAGAAUCCAGACUGAAAACAUAUGGUUUGUAAGGGAAACAAAGGAAAUUCUCAUUUUUGUGUUUUUAUUAUCAAUUAACAACAAAGUGUAAAAAAACACAAUAGCAACGUUGAAUAGUAUUAACGUUGAAAGUUUCCAGACUAAAUAAAUCAGUCACUGACAAAUACAUCAUGCCAAGGCGUGGUGGUGGUAGAGUGAGAAACUGGAAAGACGCGAAUGAUCAUUUUGAACACGAUGAUCGAGUACCAACGAAUAGUACACGACGUGUCAGUUUCAAGCCUGGCACAAACAAGGGCAAGAACGAAUUCCGGAAGAUCGAUGCUGCGAAAAUCCUUCUUGAUGAAGAUAUCGAUAUGGGGGCUACAGUAGGUCAAAUGAACAAUCGUAAAGUGCGUUUCAGAGGAGGAAGGGGUCGGUUAAGCUCCCUUGUUGCAAGACCGCACUUGCACAAACGAAAAUUCAUAGCUGGCAUGCUGCCCUGGUAUCAGAUAAUCAUUCCUUAUGGAGCAAAGCAUGAAAAAGAUGUAGUUUUGAGAGCACUGUUGAGCUACUUAUCUCCUGAUAUAUUCAUUCCACAUUAUUACAAAGUCAAUGGUAAUGCAGCUAUAUUCUAUGUUGAUGAUGUGAAGAUAGCAGAGAAGCUCUUCAAUGCUGACAGGAAAAUCACCAUGUCUGAUGGUUAUAAAUUGAUGGUCAUUGUGAAGAAUUCUGUACCAAAUGUGACCAUUGAUGCAGAUUUGAAAGAAAAGAUGAAGCUGGCUAUGGCUAAGAGAUACAAUGCCACCAUAAAGGCUUUAGAUUUGACAAAGUUUCAUGCUGAUCCUGAUCUGGCAGAUAUAUUCUGCGCAUUGUUCCGGCCGCAGAUAAUGGUAGCUGCCAUUGACAUUAUUGCUGAGAAUAUUCCAGACCUUGAAGCUUUGAAUCUGAAUGACAACAAAAUACACCAUAUUGAUCAUUUGAGGAUUCUGCCCACAAAGUUAAAGAAUGUGAAGAUUUUGUAUAUAGGUGAUAACAGGAUUCCACAUCAAAACCAAAUGGAUGUCUUUAAAGGUCUACCUCUGGUUGAGCUGCUCGCAAAGGGAAACCCUUUCAUUGCCAGAAUGAAGGACCAUGAUUCCUAUGUCAGCGAAAUGCGGAAAAAGUUCCCGAAGCUGACGAGAUUGGACGGUGUGGACCUCCCUCCAGCGAUUGGCUUCGACGUAUCAGACGACGCAACUUUACCACCUAAACAACAAACAUUCCUCGUAGACCCAGCUGGUCAGGACCUGGUCAGAGAGUUCCUCACUCAGUAUUUCGCUAUAUACGAUUCAGAGUCCAGGCAACCAUUGUUGGAUGCGUACCAUGAACACGCUUCCAUGUCUAUGGCUUGCAAUUAUCUGACUAAUGAUAACAGGAACUCACAGAUUACAAAAUUGAACGCAUACAUAACAAACAGCCGUAAUUUAAUCAGAAUAAUAGACAGAGAUUCGAGACGGAGAUACCUUCGCAAUGGUCGUCUUCAAGUCGUCUCAUUCCUCUCAGACCUGCCCAAGACUAAACACGACCUUUUGGGCUUCGCUUUUGAUUUACUUGUUUUCACUCCUACUGUAGCAGUUCUUACAAUGAAUGGCGUUUACACCGAGACGCAUACGCCAGCCAACCCGACGCGCUCGUUCCAUCGCACAUUUGUCAUAGCGCCGAACAACAACGGAGGCUUCUGCAUUGUCAAUGAUAUGCUGUUUGUUACCAACACAACAAAGGAACAGGAGGACAAAACUGCAGCGUCCUUAAAUUCAGCGGCCGUCUCCGUUCCCGCUCCGGCGAUACCAUUACCUGCGCCCGCAGCGACACCCGUGGCGGUUGUGCCCGUUUCUGACGCCGACAAGCAGGUUCUGCUUAACAUGCUUAGCCAACAGACUGGGAUGAACGACCAUUGGAGUGUUAAUUGUCUACAGGAAACGGGUUGGGACUUCCAACGGGCUCUAUUCAUCUUCAAUCAGCUUCAUUCCGAAGGCAAAAUACCUGCCGAAGCCUUCAUCAAGUAACGCUUACAUCGUGUUUGUGACGCGACGUGCACAUAGCAAUUAAGAAGAGUUAAGUUUUUGUAGUCAACAUAGAUAUAUGAAAAAAAAAAAGCAUUAGAAAGGGAAAAAAAUAGUUAAUUGAAAGUUAAUUUGGAGCACAGGACGUC